UGCCCCCAAGCGAGGGGGCCGCUGCUGGAACCACAGAGAUACUCCAGUUCAGGGCUUUGGGGGCUUUGGCCACGUACCUGUCCCUUGCCUAUGAGAAUAGCAGGUUUUGGGGACCCUCCCUCGGGAGCCCCAGGGGCCAAGGUUGGAUAGGGUGUUAGAGGCUGGGAUGGUGCCUGGCCCCACCACCAGGGGGCAGCGCAGGCCGGGCCGGGAAGAGGCGGUGGUGGCUUGGGCUCAGGCUCCGGCUGAGGAGUCGGGCGCUGCCCUCCGGGGCUAGACGUGCGUCCCUCAGUCCCUCGGCCGACUGGGGGGCGCCCCCUCCUGGCCACCCCACCUCCCGGGCCUCCUUGGACCCAGGUCUGUUGGUGCUUUUUGUCACUGCGGUGGAGCCCUUUGAUGUCUUCUUGAUGAGUGUGGGGUGAAAAAGCAACUCCUGGAAUCCCCCUUCACUUUUCUGAAAAAGUUCCCUGACCAAUCUUCGAAAUAAAGAAAACGGAAUGACUCACAAACAUCCAAGUAGCUGGGAAAUGCAAUUUUUAAAAUGAAAAACAAAAAUCUAAAAGAAACAUCUUUAGUGCCUUAAGCCCCAGAACGUCCCUACGGCAUCCUAAAGAUGAAGACUCAGGGAGCCCUCACUCCAGUGAAGUGAGCGUCUGGUGACCAUGGCCUCGCAGAGCCAGCCACCCCGAGGGUAGGAGCGGAGCAGAGUCCAAAAGGGGCGAGUUUGUGUCUCAGGUUAAAAUAAGGUUCGAGUCACCCUGUGCUGGGUCCAAGGCUCAACUGGGUCAGAUUCUGUCCUGUGGGCACAGCACCCGGGACCCCCAUGCAGUAGGGGGCCUCGAGGCUGUCACACCAGCCUACACAGGCUGAAGAGCGUUGGCGUGUCUUCAGGUCAAUCAGAGUUCUUUCUUUUUCCUUUUCUUUUCUUUCUUUCUUUUUUUUUUUUUAGACAGGGUCUAGGUCUGUCGCCCAGGCUGGAAGUACAAGGGCAUGAUCAGGGCUCGAUGCAGCCUCGACCUCCUGGGCUCAAGCGAUUCUCCCACCCUGGCCUCCCAAAGUGUUGGGAUUACAGGCGUGAGCCCCUGCACCCAGCCUCAGGUCAUUCUGAAAUUGGUAGUGUGGGUGGGGCACACGGUGGUCCCGGUGUCCCCUGCACACCCAGGCAGGAAACCUCGGAAGAGAUCCUGGGGCUGGAGUCCCUGAGGAUUUUCAUCUUUUCCUGGCAACUUGUCUGUUUCCAUUUUCCCUACUGGGAUUUAGUGCUGGUCCUCACGCUGCCGUCCCCCUCGGUGUGUGGGGGUCUGUGUCCGCGUCUGCACCUCCAGCCCCGCCCAGCCCCGUGCUGUCCUCAGACACCCUGGCAGGUCCCGGCCUCAGGGAUUCUGCCCUGCUGAUCCCACUGCCUGGAAUGCUGAUCCGAGGCCUGUUGUUUUCGCCCACAGCCUCUUCCUGGGUUGGCCUUUGGGGGCCACACCUGAGCCCUGUUCUGCUGGUGGUCCAUUGGCCUCCUCGAGGUCAGCUCUAGGUGGGAGGGUCCCCAGUCUGCACUGCCUCCUGCUCUUGCCACAGUGUCUGGCAUAAAGACACCCGGUCCUGCUUACCCAGAGGGGCUCAGCUGCACUCACCCGGCUGGGAGGGCUGGGUAUGGGGAACAUGGCCCAGCCCCCGAGGCUCCUGUUGCUGGUCCUCCUCCUGGCACUGGCCCGAGGCCUGCCUGAGGCCCUGGCCAUCCAAGAGAUGCAGCAGGCUCCCUGCUUCACGAUUGCCCCCGUGAAAGGCUCUGUCAACAUCACCUGCUCCACCAGUGGGACCCUGAGUGGGAUCUACCUGAAGCAACUCUGGCCACAGCCCAUAGACAUCAUUUACUACGAGGAUGAGUUGAUGCCCACAGUGAACACACUGUUCCGGGACCGUGUCAGCUUCUCGGGGUCACAGGACAAACUGACCAUCACCAUGCACCGCCUGCAGCCAGCAGACACUGGCACCUACACCUGCGAGGGCGUCACAGAGACUGAUGUCUUCCGCCCCCGCCAUGGCACCUUGGUCCUGGUGACAGAAGAACUGUCCCAAGGAGCACAUAGAUGCCCAGAGUUCCCGCCGACAGCCUCUGCCCUCUCUGCAGCCCUGAUGGUGGUCUCCUUCCUCCUCGGGCUGGGCCUGGGGGUGGCGUGUGUGCUGGUGAGGAUCCAGAUGAAGAAAGUGUGCUCAUCUCGGGAUAAGGACUCAGCAGCAUGUGUGGUGUAUGAGGAUAUGUCCCACAGCCGCUGCAACACGCUGUCCUCCCCCAAUCCAUACCAGUGACCCAGUGCGCCUGCCAUGCCCUGCCGGGGUCCCCCCACUACCUCCCCUGCCCCCACCAUGGCCCUCAUCCUGCCGCGACCCUCACCCUGCCGUGCCCCUCACCCUGCCGCGCCUCCUGCCCCACGGUCCAUCCCCCUUGCACCACCACCAACUUCUGCCCCAACAACCCCCCUGCCCUGCGGUCCUCCCACUGACCCCCACCCCAGUGUCCCUGCCCCUCUGCACCCUCGGCCCACCGCAUCCCCCACCCCGAUGUCCUCCCACUGCCGCAGCAGAGUUUGGAGGGCCCAGCCCCACCCAGCUCCAACACAGAGGCAGUGGCCAGGCCCCACGGUGCUUCUUAGUGGACAAUGACACCUCCUCCAGGAAGCCUUCCCUGCCCAGCCCACACCGCCACAGGGAGAAAACCUGACUGUCCUUUGGCUGUGUCUCCAAACCAUGGCCAAGGAGGACUUCUCUGUGGGAUGGGCCUGGGCACAAGACCCUGUCCCUUCAGUGCCAGCCCACUCACCAGCAGGCCCCCAAACCCCAGCAGCCAGGCAGAGAAGAGGAGGCCAGUCCCCCACCCAGCCUUACCAGAAAUAAAGGCUUCUAUGCUUCUU